CGGCGGGCGGCGGGGCGGGCGCAGGAUGAGGGCGGCCAUUGCUGGGGCUCCGCCGCGGGGAGGAGGACGCUGAGGAGGCGCCGAGCCGCGCAGCGCUGCGGGGGAGGCGCCCGCGCCGUCGCGGGGCCCAUGGCCAGGACCACCAGCCAGCUGUACGACACCGUUCCCAUUCAGUCCAGCGUGGUGUUAUGUGCUUGCCCGUCCCCAUCAAUGGUGAGGACCCAGACUGAAUCCGGCACGGCCCCUGGCAUCCCGAGCGGCGGCAGCAGACAGGGCCCUACCAUGGACAGCACCGCAGCUGCGUCCCGCCCGAGCGCAAGCUCCCUGCAGCACACCGCCCAGCCGCCGCCACAGCCUCGGAAGAAACGGCCUGAAGACUUCAAAUUUGGGAAAAUUCUUGGUGAAGGCUCUUUUUCCACAGUUGUCCUGGCCCGAGAACUGGCAACCUCAAGGGAAUAUGCUAUUAAAAUUCUAGAGAAACGUCACAUUAUCAAAGAGAACAAGGUCCCGUAUGUAACCAGAGAGAGAGACGUGAUGUCACGCCUGGAUCACCCGUUCUUUGUUAAACUUUACUUCACAUUUCAGGAUGACGAAAAGCUAUACUUUGGUCUUAGUUAUGCCAAAAAUGGAGAACUACUUAAAUACAUUCGAAAAAUUGGCUCAUUCGAUGAGACAUGCACCCGGUUUUACACGGCCGAGAUGGUGUCAGCUCUGGAGUACUUGCAUGGCAAGGGCAUCAUUCACAGGGACCUGAAGCCAGAAAACAUUUUGUUGAAUGAGGACAUGCACAUCCAGAUCACGGAUUUUGGAACAGCGAAAGUGCUGUCCCCAGAGAGUAAACAAGCCAGGGCCAACUCGUUUGUAGGAACAGCCCAGUAUGUGUCUCCAGAGCUGCUCACCGAGAAGUCGGCCUGUAAAAGUUCAGACCUUUGGGCUCUCGGAUGUAUAAUAUACCAGCUUGUGGCCGGACUGCCGCCUUUUCGAGCGGGAAAUGAAUAUCUUAUAUUUCAGAAGAUCAUUAAGUUGGAAUAUGACUUCCCUGAAAAAUUCUUCCCUAAGGCAAGAGACCUUGUGGAAAAACUUUUGGUUUUAGAUGCCACAAAGCGAUUAGGCUGUGAGGAAAUGGGAGGCUAUGGCCCCCUGCGAGCUCAUCCGUUCUUCGAGUCCAUCAUGUGGGAGAACUUGCAGCAUCAGACGCCUCCGAAGCUCACCGCCUACCUGCCGGCCAUGUCGGAGGACGACGAGGACUGCUAUGGAAACUACGACAACCUCCUGAGCCAGUUCGGCUGCAUGCAGGUGUCCUCGUCGUCAUCCUCCCACUCCCUGUCCGCCGCGGAUGCGGGCCUGCCACACACGGCGGGCAGCAACAUCGAGCAGUAUAUCCAUGACCUGGACACUAAUUCUUUUGAACUGGACUUAGAGUUCUCCGAAGAUGAGAAGAGGUUAUUACUGGAGAAGCAGGCCAGUGGAAACCCUUGGCAUCAGUUUGUAGAAAAUAACUUAAUACUAAAGAUGGGUCCCGUCGAUAAGCGAAAGGGCUUGUUUGCACGACGACGACAGUUACUGCUUACAGAAGGGCCCCACUUGUAUUAUGUGGAUCCUGUCAACAAAGUCCUGAAAGGGGAAAUUCCGUGGUCACAAGAGCUCCGACCAGAGGCCAAGAAUUUUAAAACCUUCUUCGUGCACACGCCAAACAGGACGUAUUACCUGAUGGACCCAAGUGGGAAUGCUCACAAAUGGUGCAAAAAGAUCCAGGAGGUGUGGAGACACAGAUACCAGAGCCACCCGGACGCCGCCGUGCAGUGACAGGCCGCGGCUGCUGCUCUUGCUGCCAGGACACGCGCCCCAGCGCAGCUCGCCACCGUCCGGGACGCUUCCAGACCACCUGCCAGCCAUCUCAAGGGGGACGCAGACGGCGGAACCUUGCAGCUUUUUUAUUUAAAAGAAAAGAAGAAAAAAAUACCCAACCACACAAAGAACAAAACCAAUAACGAAAAGGAAUUCAGGGUCGCUUUGCUUGCUCUCUGUGCUCUGUGGAGGCUCCCCAAGCUCUCCCCGCCGUGGGGACCCCGCGCUGUGCACGUCCACCUGAUUCCCACCUGGGCAAGUGGAACAGACUCAAGUCACCAGCUCUGCGCCACACGCCCUGGUCACCCACUGGCCGGUCCUCCUGUGGCCGAGGGGAUGGGAUGUGUGUCUGGGCUCUUUCUGCCCCUCAGUGACCACAG